AAAAUAAUCAGAUCAUCCAUCCCCUACUUAUUGUGCAAGGAAGCAUCCAAGCAGAAGUUCAAUAAAAUUACAGAGUGACUAGAACUCCAAGGUCCGUCUCGAUUCGUCGCUGUUGCUCCUCCUCUAACCUUCCACCAUGGUGCUUGAGGCUACUAUGAUCUGUAUCGAUAAUUCGGAAUGGAUGCGAAACGGUGAUUACACACCCACUCGGUUUCAAGCGCAAGCAGAUGCUGUUAAUCUCAUAUGCGGAGCUAAAACACAGUCAAAUCCUGAGAAUACUGUGGGAGUUCUAACAAUGGCUGGCAAAGGAGUUCGUGUUUUGGUCACACCGACCAGUGAUCUCGGCAAGAUAUUGGCUUGCAUGCACGGGUUAGAAAUAGGUGGUGAGAUGAACUUGGCUGCAGGGAUUCAGGUAGCUCAGCUAGCUCUUAAACAUCGCCAAAACAAAAAGCAACAACAAAGAAUUAUUGUUUUUGCUGGAAGUCCAGUCAAAUAUGACAAGAAGGUAUUAGAAACAAUUGGAAGAAAGUUAAAAAAGAACAGUGUAGCUCUUGAUAUUGUUGAUUUUGGUGAGGGAGAUGAUGGAAAGCCAGAAAAACUGGAGGCCCUCCUUUCUGCUGUAAAUAAUAAUGACAGCAGUCACAUCAUUCAUGUUCCACCUGGUCCAAAUGCUCUUUCCGAUGUACUCAUAAGCACUCCUGUAUUCACUGGGGAUGGGGAAGGGGGAAGUGGCUUUGCAGCUGCGGCAGCAGCAGCGGCUGCAGCAGGUGGGGUGUCAGGCUUUGAUUUUGGUGUUGAUCCCAAUUUAGAUCCUGAGCUAGCCCUUGCCCUUAGAGUUUCCAUGGAAGAAGAAAGAGCAAGGCAAGAAGCUGCUGCUAAAAGGGCUGCAGAGGAAGCUGCCAGACAAGAAAAAGGAGGCGAACAGCCAUCAAAUUCACAAGAUACAACCAUGACUGAACACAAAACUAUUACAGCUCCUGAAGCUGAGAAUAAAAAGAAUGAUCUAAUGGAUGAUGAGACUGCAUUGCUAGAACAGGCCCUUGCAAUGUCAAUGGAUGAUCCUAGGACUAGUAACUCUAUGGGUGACACAGAUAUGUCAGAGGCAACUACAGAGGACCAAGAUUUGGCCUUUGCCCUUCAGAUGUCUGUGCAAGACAAUCCAAAAGAUUCAGCUUCCCAGACAGAGAUGAACAAGGUCCUGGGGGACCAGUCUUUUGUGUCAUCUAUCCUUGCUUCGCUUCCAGGAGUUGACCCAAAUGACCCUUCUGUAAAAGAUUUGCUUGCGUCUUUGCAAGGCCAAUCAGAGGCUGAGCAGAAGAACGACGACAAGCCACCAAACGAGGACAAGUGAUGAUUCUUGGAAACUGUUGCUGGUUUCUUAGGAGAUAAGCUCAUUGUUUUCAUCUUUUUUAGUGUACGAAGAGGCGUGGGUUCCAUCUACUGAAUUCUCAAAAAUCUAUUCUUAUUGUUCAGAUGUUUCUUGUGGAAGAAUCAUGGAAUUACAGAAAGUUGGAUUAAUGUUAAUUUAUUAGAUAAUGCCAUCGUUAAUGAUUAGUAAUUAGGUAAUGCUAUGAGAUUGAGAGGAAGGACAAACAUGCGAAUGAUGUUCCAACUUUUGAAGUGGAGGGCAUUAUGUUUUAAAAAGAUAAAAAUCAUUGUCGACUCCAUGUACAAUUAAUUUUAUGAUUUAUAUCCAAUUUAAUUAUAUACUAUUGGAUUU